AUCAGGCACGCGAAUCUGCUUCGUUUUCUCCCGCACUUGAAGGGCUUUUUACGCGUCGUUGGAUGGUUCAGCUUCUCAUAUCUUUGGCGCUAUAGCACCUGCACCGUAUCAGACCGACGCUCCUGUCAGGCUGCUGCAUCGCUCUACAUUCCUGUGGACUGAACCUCAUCUAAAAGGUGCAGCAGGAUGCAGGGCGUUCUGCCUGUGUGUGGAUUGCAGCCCCUGCUGGCCCUCCUUCUGCUCCAAACUGUGGGCUGUGGUGUAACCGAAGCAGACACUAUGGUGAAUAUGCGGAAGGUGACCCAUCAGACCAUUAGCGAGGAGAUGUCCAAAACUGUUCUCCUCCCUUGCCUCUUCACCCUGCGCCCCGGCGCCAGUUCAUCACAUGAGCCCCCCCGGAUCAAGUGGACCAAGGUCUGGGGCCAAAGGGGCUCUGACGGCCUGCAGAAGGAACAGUCAGUCCUGGUGGCUAAAGACAAUGUGGUCAAGGUGAAGAAGGCCUUUCAGGGUCGGGUAACGUUGCCUGGUUACAAUGAGAACCGCUACAAUGCCAGUCUUGCUUUGUCAGGGCUACGCUCUAGUGACUCUGGCCUGUACCGCUGUGAGGUCGUGGUCGGCAUCAAUGACGAGCAGGACACAGUUCCCCUGGAAGUCACAGGUGUUGUAUUUCACUACCGGGCCCCUCAUGACCGCUACGCCCUGUCCUUUGCUGACGCCAAGAGAGUGUGCGUGGAGAACUCGGCUGUCAUCGCAACACCAGGCCAGCUGCAGGCUACCUUUGCUGAUGGAUAUGACAACUGUGAUGCUGGUUGGCUGUCUGACCAGACUGUGCGGUAUCCCAUCCAGUCACCACGGCCCGGUUGCUAUGGCGAUCGCGAAGACUCACCUGGAGUCCGUAACUACGGCGAUAGGUCCCCCGAUGAGCUGUUUGAUGUCUACUGCUUUGCUAAGCAGCUUCACGGUGAAGUCUUCCACUCUACUGUGACAGAGAAGCUGGGCCUGGCCACAGCCUCCACCCACUGCCAUUCUCUGGGAGCCCAGCUGGCCACCGUCGGGCAGCUGUACCUCGCCUGGCAGGCCGGACUGGACCAGUGCGACCCUGGCUGGCUCGCCGACGGCAGCGCCCGCUACCCUAUCAACGUCCCGCGGAAGAACUGCGGCGGAGACGAGCCCGGCGUACGGACCGUCUACAACAACCCCGACCGCACCGGCUUCCCGGACACCACAGCUCUGUACGACGCCUACUGCUACCGAGCCCACCAGACAGAGGGGGUCCAGGCUUUGGAGGCGCAGGCUUUGUACCAGGCACCCGACCCAGCCACUGAGGCCAUCUCUCCAGUCACUGAAGCUCAGCGUAGUGCCCCUUUUUCCAAAACCUCCACCUGGACUGGCCUGGUUGACUUGGACAACGCAGGAGUCCACUCCAUUGCUGGGAACAACGACUCCUCUGAGAUCUCUGAUGAGCAUGUAGUCAUCCAUUUAAGGCAGGAGGAGAGCUGGAAUGAAAAACCGGCGAGCCAACUGAGCCAGGAGGAGUCCGACAGCCCAAAGAGCAGCAGCGCCAUGAGCCUUCCAGACCAGGAGCACCACGGAGGUUCUGCUCAUGAAGAAGAAGAUGGUGGCUUUUUUAGUUUAUCUGACACCCCAACGUUAUCCUCCAUAGCUUUUUCCACUCCCCAGUCGCAGACUAGUAACAGUGUGUUGGCUGAGUUUGUGAACACUCUGGUAAGGCCCUUUAGGUAUUUGACAGGAGGAAAGAAGGGGGAGGAAAAGAGGCUUUCUGUGCUUCAAGAAAAAGAAGGGGAGAACCAGACACAGAGUGAAGCAUCCAGUAGCAACCUAAGUAUACAGAAACCUAUUGGAAACAAGGGCAGCAUAGACAAUGCUAUUCUGGAGCACAGGAGUUUUUCCUUGAGGACUCCCGCCACUGGACUACAGGCUCCAGAGGAAGGUCUGUCUGAGCAGGAGAAAGAGGUGAUGCCACUGGUCCGGUUAGUGCCUGCAGUCCAAAAAGAUGAUACCACCACCCAGCCCGGAGAAAAAGCCUCCAGCACGUCUUCUAACAACCCUCCAUCCAGCAACAGUUACGGAUUCACUGCCUCGGGUCCCAAUGAGAGAUCACCACCCACUGAACAUGUCAUGGUAUCCGGUCCUCAGGGUCCCAGAGUGGGCCCGGCUUUUGCUUCCGCCCCCAACAACCACUUUCGGUGGGCCAUCAAAUCCAUGCGUGCCUCCAAACUAGGUCCUCCUGGAAAGGCGCCGUUUUUGGGUAAACGCCCCACCUGGGAGCCUAUGGAAGCAAAAAGUGGGCCACUGGAGGUGAUGACCCUGCCCAGCUCUCUUCGACGAGACCUCCCUGAAAACUAUUCUGGUCAGGGGAAGGACCAGGAUGGAGAAGAUGUUAAUGCUGCCAGAGCCGCAUCAGGGGAGGAGAAGGAGACAGAGGGGAGCAGUGAAGGGAGCAACUUUCCUGAAGGGUUUACAUUGAAUGCAAACAAGUCUUCACUCAGCCAUACUGAGGGUGUGAGUGUGGCAGAGCACACAACCCUGUCCCUCUGGCAGCUGGUGCAACAGCCCACCACCACACCUGCGGUCACAGCAGAGGAGGCCAGGGGAGAGAUCCUCUAUGUUCACAGGCCCACUGACAACCUCUCCUCUGCUCUUUCACAAAGAGGAGAAACGAGUUCAAAUCCAGGUUUCACUACUUUCUCUACGAAGAACAGCGAAGGCACCAGCGUAAAGGAGGUGGUAACAUCUACACCUGAAGCUCGUAUGGAGGUGCUGACAACCUCUGAAGUGACCACAGUACAGCUUCUGACAACCAGAGACACACAGAGGACAGAUCCUACUACCACAGCAACCACCACAGAAAACUCCUCAGAGAGCGACACCACCGACGAGUCGCCUAUUUCCAUUUCAUGGGUUCAGGAAGACCAGGAGAAAACAACCCCCAACCUCUCUGCUACUCCCACACCCAGCGACGGAUCUCACACGACUACGGGUGUUGUUCAGUUGACAACUUUUGCAUCUGACUCAAACGUCGGCGCCACACAAAUGGAAUCCAGGUCUGCCGUGUCCGAGUCCUUCGUGGUUGGAAGUCGAUGGACACCUUUCAAAACCCCAAAGUCAGAGGACCAUAAAACUAUGAAAGACAACAAAGACCCAAACAACUCUUUCGGCAUCCUCAUGCCCAACUGGGCCUUCGGACUCGUCCCAUCAGUGGAGAAUAACCCAUGCCAGACCAACCCGUGUCUCCAUGGAGGGAGCUGCCUGCAGGAGGGCGAUGGCUAUAGCUGCUACUGUCCUCAGGGCUUCUCUGGAGAGAGCUGCGAGAUCGACAUUGAUGACUGCCAGUCCAACCCAUGCCAGAAUGGGGGAACCUGCAUCGAUGAGAUCAACUCCUUUGUGUGUCUUUGUCUGCCCAGCUACGGAGGAGCGGCUUGUGAGAAAGACACUGAGGGCUGCGAGCACACAUGGAGGAAGUUCCACGGCCACUGCUACAGGUACUUCAGCCGGAGACACACCUGGGAGGACGCCGAAAAGGACUGCAGAGAGCACAGCGGACACCUGGCCAGUGUCCACACCCUGGCCGAGCAGAACUUUAUCAGAGGUCUAAGCCAUGACAACACAUGGAUCGGGUUAAAUGAUCGCACAGUGGAGGACGACUUUCAGUGGACCGACAAGAUGGAUCUGCAAUAUGAGAACUGGCGCGAGAACCAGCCGGACAACUUCUUCGCUGGAGGAGAAGACUGCGUGGUCAUGAUCGCUCAUGAGAACGGCAAAUGGAACGACGUGCCAUGCAACUACAAUUUGCCCUACGUCUGCAAGAAGGGAACAGUGCUUUGUGGCCCCCCGCCCAGUGUGGAUAAUGCCUUCCUGAUUGGUCGGAAACGCUCCCACUAUGACAUCCACUCAGUAGCGCGUUACCAGUGCGCCGACGGCUUCCUGCAGCGCCACGUGCCCACGGCCAAGUGUCGCGCCAACGGCAAGUGGGACCGGCCUAAAAUCAUCUGCACAAAAUCACGACGAGCCCACCGCUACCGCCGCCACCACCACAAGGGGAGGAGGGAGCGCAGGAAGCACAAGAGGCAUGGCCACAGAGAGGGGGGGCACCACGGGGGAGAGCAGGGCCACAACCACGCCCAUGUCUGAACCAAAAACCCGCUUUCCUACUUCUCCUCUGCUGCCAACUGCGGUUUGCCUGUCGUCCUUUCCUCCUGCCCAAUUUCCCCAAACACUACUUUACAUCUUACAGCUCAAAACUCAAAGUCCCCUCCCUACACUGCACUGCCCCCCCUCCCCUUAAGCUCCAACCCUGGCUUUUCUGAGUCAGCCUGUACCAUAGUCAACUCUAAGGCCAGCAGAAAUGCUGUGAGGUGUCACCGGGACAAUAACAAAUCCCUUUGUACUCUUUUUACUUUCUUCUCUCUGUUCUCGUCUUACCUUUCCCGUGUCCCACCCUUCCUCCAACUUGACCCAGUUCCUCUCCCUCCGAGCUCAACGACUGAAACAUGGGGCUACGCUGACCUGUUUUUGAGAAGAAAAAGGAAAAAACCUUUGAGAUCCACACCGAACAUUCUUCAGAGAGAUGGUUUCAACUAUAAAUAGGGACGACAUCACUGAAAACGCCGUAUCAGAAUCAGACGAGUCAAGGGAGACAUCCGUGUUGUUGACUUUGAGCCUUUUGUCUGUUGAACACAUGUUAUUUUUUACAAAUACUCAGUGUUUAUUUCUGCUGCUUUUGGUUCUUUGUAAGACAUUGUGCUUGACUUAAAGCGACUUCUUCUGAAACGGAUUUAAUUGAUUUGCUUUGAAUCAGAGGCAGUUGUAAUUGAAUUAUUUGAUUGUUAGCGUUGUAUCUUCUUGUCAGUGUGAGACAGUUACUUUAGAUCAGAUGCUUAAACCCCCAGAGGAAAAUGGAAAACACAUUGCAUAUCAAUUCAGUUUCAUCAAACAUCAGUCGCUUUACAGAAGUGUCAAUCUCACAGAGCUCUUGUUGUGUCAGACAUCCAUCCCCGACAUUUUCGAGGGUUAAUUGAAACCUUUGAUGUCAGUUUGUCUCAACCCAGCUCAGCAUUCCUAGGUUUGCCUUUUCUUAUAGGUUGUGUCGCUGUAAGAAUAUGUGCCGUGAAUUAAUGAAUGUGGUGCAGCAGGGCACAGCUCCUCUAACUCAUUGACAAGAGUUUUACGUAUUUGGUCUGAUAAGGAGAAAAUUAUUCUACCGACCCGUCAUAAGAGAACCAGACCUGGUUAUCUCUCAGUAGGUGCCUCAUGAGUCAAGAACAUGAUAUGACGUUCCCCUGCACACAGUUUAGGUUCACAAACAGAUGUCCUUUUAAAAUAACUAUUACAUUGAGCUGAUUCUGUAAUUUAAGUGAGGUAGUACUUCCCUUUUUAGUGCAUUUUCUAUUGUGUUUGAAAGGUUUUAGAGUUUAGCUGCUUAACGGUACAUCAUGUAUGCAAGCUAACUGUCUCGUUCCGCUGUUUGCUGCUGGGCAUGUAGCGACAUUCAGUUAUUUAAAAUGUAUUUUGCUAUAAGAGGCUCCCUGUUUUGUCUAGAAACUACACUUAUGAGAGCAGUGAAUCACAAUAGUACAGUUAGGGGCCACAUAACCAAAACAAUAGGACAAAAAGAGGCUAAAAUGCUCCAUGAAGCUAAGGGGAACUACGGUUCAGAGCUGGAUUGUCCGUGGGAUUGUGUUGUUAAAAGCAUUACCUUUUACAUGACAGUUUGUCAUAUGAUAUAUUGUCAAUCUGACAAAAUGUACAGCCCACUAGAUCCAGUUCUUUAUACCAGAUGAGACGGGGAACAGGCACUAAAAAAAAAAAAAAGCUAAUGUUGAUGACACAAGGUAUGAGGAUGAAUAUCAGGCAGAUGCUCUCAUCUCAGUGUGUGUGUUUAUGAUUGAGGAUGUUGACAGUGGCUGAAGUCCCAGAGGAUGAUGAUAGAGAGGGUCGGCAGAGAUUAAGGUUUCCCAUUUCUGAGGGCGACCGAGUCUCACACCUGUGCUCGCUCCUGUGUGUGUCCUGCUUUAAAGAGAGGAUCGGGGUGGAUAAAACAAGCGAUUUGCUCUCGUUCUCUUUCCCUUUUUACAGCCGGGUUAAAUUGGUGUUUUUUAAAGCCAGUACUUGAGGUUAAGGCUGCUGGGAUUAUGUCCCAAACACUGACUCCAGCUCUUUUAUCCUUUCAGUUUCUCCUCUCUUGCUUUUUCCUUCCCGUCAUCCCUCUUUACUGCUUUUCAUUUAUCUCUUCACUCGACAUUCCUUUCACUGUCGAUGAGUUUUUACAAUAGAAAAGUAGUGGAAGGACUUAAAUCCAGUUUUACCAGCUCUUUAUUGGUGUAAGACUAACGUUGGUGUUUUUCAGCCUGGUUUCAUGUAUCUCAUAAAGAGAACAAGAUCAGGUUAUAUAAAGCCGCUUGAGGGAAGAAAUUCCACCCUGUGCGCAUUAAUUCCCUGCCUUUGUUUGUCCCUCCUCACCUUGGCAAUGACAACACUCCUCCGCACGGAGAAGAAGACUGAACCUACACCUCCGUAUCAGGUUAAUUAAUCUGCUGCAUGCCUAAUUAACAAGUUACAUUAUCUGCGGAGCGGCAGAGCUGAGGUGACAGUGGAAGGGUUAGGGUGACGGACAGGAGACCCAGAGAACUGUCACAGCCGUCGACCAUCUGUCGUCUGAGAUGUCAGGCUGCUACGGACCUCGUCUUUUCUAUCUGUCAUUAAAAAUGGAUGGAGGACUGGUAGUUGAAUGAAAGGGCAGACAGAAGCCCCUCUCACUGUUAUUCAAAUCACAGCUGAUGUCAAGAGAUGGUGUAAUUACUGCUGUGUAAAGAUUCAGCUGUGCGACGUGAGUUUAAAACGUUCUAAAAAAUGAUGGAGUGUAAACUGAAUUUUGGCCGGAGAGCUUAAGGAAAUGAGAUUGAAAAAUAUAAUAAAUUAGUACAACUACUAAGUUAAACUAAAAAGUGAAUCUGUGUUUAUGUUGAGGUGAGAAAACUGAAGUUGAAUCUGCUGUUAUAUCUUGUCUUCUUCAUUUCUGCAGCUUUCUACAAAAACACCACAGAUUUAUACUCAAUUUAAUAGGUUGUUGUGAAGGGAUUUCUGUCUGAUGAUGUUCUUUCUUUUUUUAAACUUUAAAAAGUUUCACGAAGGAGCUGAAAAUGUGUGUGGGCUGUGUGUGUUGUGUCAGUUUGCUUUUGGCCCAUCCUCUGGGACUGCUAUGUUGUUUGCUCUUUCUCUUGCUUAAAAAAAGUCCAACCUUUUCCUCACAGCUUCUCUCCAACACCCUUUUCAUUGAAUUCAUGCAGAAACACACAUUUUCACACACUCAUUUCUGCUCUUCAAACUUCAAACGCUCUGACCCUCAUGCUCAGAAGUGUCUUUGCUUUUCCUCUUUUCAUCUCCUUAGCUCGCGUUCGCGCUCCUCUCUCCUCUCCUCGUUGGUCUUCCUAGUAGAAGCCCUGAGGGCACCAGAUAGAAAGAGACCGGGCUUUGUAAUUGUGAGUCUUAAUUGUGAAGAUGAGUGACUUACCGGAGGCUGCUGCCAGCUGUAUCCCGGCUCUGCACCCUGAGGGGGAGCAGCAAGCGAAUCAUUGAACGUCUGUACAGCCAGCAGGCCUGUUCUCAGGCUUUGCCACCUUUCCUAACUGUGAACAAGUUAUUCCCCUUACUCACAGCUCAAGUAUUCAGCAGAGAAGAGAUAACAGUGCAAGAGUGUGACGGUUUUUCCGUCUAAAUAGCACCGGUAGGCGCACAGCUUGUUUAAAUUUGUUGUAAAUAUGUGUCUGGUUGCAUCAGUGUGACAGAAUUUACUUUGGGUGCGCUUAUGCCUCCACAGCAGGUAUUUCCAGCAUUCAUUAAUAUUAAUAUAAUUCACUGAAAAACACAACAAAUAAAAAAUGUCAAAAUGAGCGGAAAAAAACUGGAGGAGGGUUAUACAACUCUGACAUUUCACAUUAGGAUGAAAUUAAAAAUGUGAGAUCAACAACUAAAAACGAAUUAGACAUCUCCAAGUGAAUAACAAGUGCUUUCAAGGCAUAUAAAUGAAUUUGAGAGAAGAUCACAAUCAUCUGAGCAUUGUGUUUGUGUUUUUAUAUCACUUGUUUUUCUUUGUGACGGUGAUUUGACAGCCUACAAAGAUCUCUGUUAGGUCAACACUGCAUAAUAAUAGCUUGGGGCUUCUAAUGAAGUAUGUGGAUAGCUUGCCUGAUUCACAACUUUAUAUAGAUUAAAUGCAAGAUAAGCAUUUCAUAUAAAAACAGGCGUAGAAAUUGAUUGUUGGUUAAGCCCCCAUCAUUAUUUUCCUAUGUAGGUCCAACCUAUCUGUUUGAUAAUAGUGGCCAUCUUAUUUACUGUGAAACAAUAAGUCUUACAGACCGGCAUUACUCUUUGCUCCUGUGGCUGUAAUUAUAACACCACACUGAUUUGCUGAGUAGCAUGCAGACUUGGACAAACAAACAAGACAUUUUUAAACAGUUUUUUUAGUUUUAACAGAAAUGGCUUUAGAAUGUGUUUGGCAAAUGUAACACUAAGGUAGCUGGGAUGCACAAUUGUAGGAAAGAGCAAUAGAGGGUAAGCAUCCAAACACAGUGGAUAUGCCAGUUGGGAACAGGGUUCUUCUUCUAUUUCUUUUUUAGUUGUGCUUCUUUAUUUUAGCGAAAUCUCUAACCCUAUGUUUGGUAACCCUCAGCUCACAACUGUUCGUACUGAGCUAGUUAGCUGAACAUGCUAACGAAUGCAUCUGAUGUUUUUCACUGAACAAAGAGACCCCAUUCCUAACAUUGUGUCUUUCAUUUUGAAUUCAACAUCAAGAGAAAUAAGUGACAGGUUAACCUUUCGGUGCGUAUGUGUGCGCGGGCCCCGUGCAAACUGAGAAUCUCUCUUGCUCACGUGAACUGUAACAACUGUCAGGGACUGUACACCUGAUGCAUUCAAAUGCGGCUCUCAUCGGCAAUGACAACCUGAUAAGAGCGGUAAGGGCUGCUGUCCUCAGUCGCACACAGACAGACUAUUGAUUUCAUGAUUACGCUGUCUGUCUUGGGUUUCUAUUAAGUCUGUCGAUGGCAUUGACGGCACAAUAGCGACGACUGACCGCUGGACGUUUGCUAAAAGACAUCGACUGCUGCCUCUGCUUAAUUUGCAUCAUUAUCCUUAUCCCUUCAGACUAAACAACACUAUUUUCCACCUGUUGACUGCUGUAUCACCUCUCCACUGUUCAGCCUCUAAUGCACAGGUACAAGUGCUGUUUCUAUGACAUCGGGUCUCUGUCUGAAAACGAGUUGAGACGAUUUAUCAUUGACGAGAAACCAUCUGCAUUCUGCUGGGAUGGAUGAAUGGGAAGAUGUUUCAGAGAGAGACUGAGAAAUGAAAGAGACAAACGCAGAGCAGAAAUCAAUGACCCACUCCUUCUCCUCUGUGAUGUAAAUACUCUGAGGUUUUCCUUUUUUAGAAAAUCCAUUUAGACUCUGGGUGUGUUUUUUGCGUAUAGCCUCUGUGGACCAUAUUCAUACAGCCUCAGUGGAUCCAAAACCUUAUGUCGCUCUUUCAGUUUCUCCCUUCUGCUCACACACACUGCUGUUUUGAAUCAGAAAGAAAAACACAAAGACAGUCAACACGCACUGCAGGACAUCCAGAAGUGAGACAAUGCUUCACGGAGCAGAAAAAUAUCACUUCUUUGUCUCUUUACCCUGCACGAUAUCUUACAGCUACCUGUGGUCAUGUCGACUGUGAUCCCAGAUAUAAUAACCGCAACUGAGCCCGUCUGCAGCUGUGUGAAGGUGGUCCACAAGUAUUUAUCCAUAUUUAUUGAUGUAUGUUCUUUAUGAAUUCCGGUCCUGUCAUUGUAUUAUAUUCUUUACAAGACAAAUGAUCAUUAAAGAAACCCUUGUUUGGA